AAAAUUUGAGCCAUCCUCCUCGCGAAGAUCGAAAGAGCCGCAUUUGCACACCACAAGCCCACAGAAUCUAUGAAGCCCAUAAUUCCCUGUUCUCGAUAAUUUCGGAAUUUACGGUUUUGAGAUUUUUUUUUUUUUUUAAUUUAUCGAAUUUUGAUUUGGAAUUGCUGGCUAUGGGCGUUUCGAGCACGUUUGCAGGAGCUAAGAUUGAGACUUUGUUGGUCAGCAACACGACAUCGUCUUCAAUGUCAAUGCCCGCCUCGGCUUCUCCGGCCUCGACUGGGCUACUCUGCAAACCGGUUGCGGCUGUGGCUCGUGUCAAGCGAUGUCAUUUGAUUAAGAAUAAAAGGAGUAAUUCCAGGAUCAUUAACUGUGAGGUUGCGUCAGAUGCUUUUGUUCAGACCAUUGGCCAGAAAGUGGAUUCCAAUAAUGUGCCUUCGGCUUCCAGUCUCUCGGCUCUGAAGCAGCUCAAAACCUCUGCUGCUGACAGAUAUACAAAGGAAAGGAGCAGUAUCGUUGUGAUCGGGCUCAGUAUCCAUACUACACCGGUUGAAAUGCGGGAGAAACUUGCUAUUCCUGAAGCAGAGUGGCCAAGAGCUGUUGGAGAACUAUGUGGUCUGAAUCAUAUUGAAGAAGCAGCUGUUCUUAGUACGUGUAACCGAAUGGAAAUCUACGUUUUAGCCCUUUCUCGCCAUCGGGGCAUUAAAGAAGUUACUGAAUGGAUGUCAAAGAUUAGUGGAAUUCCUGUUUCAGAGAUUCGUCAGCACAGGUUCUUGCUGUAUGACAAUGAUGCAUCACAACACCUGUUUGAAGUAUCAGCUGGACUAGAUUCCUUAGUAUUGGGAGAAGGCCAAAUCCUUGCUCAAGUGAAACAAGUUGUCAAAGUUGGACAAGGGCUUGUGGGAUUUGGGAGGAACAUAAGCGGCCUCUUUAAGCACGCUAUCACGGUUGGAAAGAGGGUUAGAACUGAAACGAACAUUUCAGCAGGGGCAGUUUCCGUAAGUUCAGCUGCUGUAGAAUUGGCUUUGAUGAAGCUUCCCGAAUCCUCCCAUGCCACUGCGAGGAUGUUAGUGAUUGGUGCAGGAAAGAUGGGAAAGCUUGUGAUCAAACACUUGGUGGCCAAAGGUUGCAGUGUCUUUAAUUCUUUUCUUCCGAUAUCCAUAGAGGAUAUGCUUUUGAAUUAUAUGUGGCCUAAUGAUGCAUGGCACAAUGAUGUUGAUGAUUUGGAUGUUGACUGGAUUAUCGAGAGGUUAUAUGAUGUAAUCCUGCGUGAUUCAUCCUGA